AUGGCGGACCGUGACGCGCAGCAUUUCCCGCCCCAUCGACGCCGCCGCGCCAAAGCAGUAGCGAGUGCGACGGCACGACGCCGCUGGAUCCGCCCGUUUUCCGCCCGCACACCGGCCGCGCCUAUAAAAGACGGCUUCCCGCCCGUCCAGCUCAUUCGCUCGCCGACCGUCGCCCGCGACGACAAGCGAACAGUACCCGCCGCGCGCACCCUCAAAAUGCACUCGCUGCUCAAGCCUCUCGCGAUCCUCGCGUUAGCCUCGUACGCCCUGUGCGAGAUACCUUGCCCGAACAAAUGCCUGUGCGACCGCAACUCGGUCGAGUGUAUCCAGCGGGGGCUGCUCGCUGUCCCGAAGACUCCCACUGACACCCACACGCUUUGUAUCAUACGCAUCGAGGAGUCCGUCCGAUCGCCUCGGAUAUACGUCUCGCAUAUUUCGGAUCUCCAGCUGUUACGGGGAUUGUUGUCGCGCGAAACAUGGAAUGACGAGCGUCGUGAACGGUUCCCGUUCGCGCUAGGAGCGCUCACGCGGGGUGUUUGGCUAAUGGAGUCAGCCGUAGACCAGGACUUAGAGCGGAAAAAUCACAUUGAAGAUGAAAAGCCUUCGUUCCGUAAACACGAGGCGGGAAUUGAUGUGACGUCACCGCACCGAUUUCGACGUUUUGUAACUGACUUGCGGAAUGUCGCCGCAUGUUUGUCUUAUAUUGCAACACAAUCGGAUUACAAUAACGAUUACAUA